AUGAUCGGUCAUCUAUUCGGUCUCCUACGCCAAAAGCUGCGAAAUCCGCAUUUUGAAGCAAGAGACACAGCAAAUUUUCAUGGGAAAGAUAAUUGGUUAGAUAAUGAUGAUAUUAGACCUUUGAAAUUGGCGGAUCGUACUUGGAAUGUCUGGACUUAUCUUACAUUUUGGUUUUCUGCAACUUCAACGGUUUCGACAUGGUAUGCUGCAUCAAGUGCUCAGGCUUUGGGAUUGAGUAUGUGGGAAUCGCUUUUGUGUGCUUUUGGUGGUCAAUGUUUGAUUGCUAUUGUCAUUGUAUUCAAUGGUAGAUCAGGAGCUGUAUAUCAUAUUGGUUAUCCUAUUCUCAACAGAGCCGCAUUUGGUGUUUUUGGAGCAUGGUGGCCUACCUUUAAUCGUGCUGUGAUGGCCAUUGUUUGGAAUGGUGUCAAUAUGGUUCAAGGAGGUGAAUGUAUCUAUGUCAUGCUUCACACUUUGAGUCCGCGUGUUGCCAAUUUUAAAAAUGUCAUGGGGGAAGGAUCUGCUCUUGAUUCUGGUGGUAUGCUUGGACUUGGAAUCUUUUGGAUUCUUACCUGUUGCUUCCUUAUUAUUCCUGUGCCAAAGAUGAAAGGUCUUGUAUAUGCAAAACUUAUCGUCUUUAUCAUUUCCGCCGUUGCUAUGUGUGCCUGGACUUUGACCAUGGCUGGUGGUAUUGGACCAGUUGCUCGUCAACCAGGGACAGUUAAAGGCACAGAACGAACAUGGCUUAUCGUUCGAUUUAUACUCCUAGGUGCUGCUAAUUGUGCAACAUUUGCUUCCAACGCGGCGGAUUUCCAACGUUAUGCUCGCAAACCUAAUGAUGUUAUUUGGGGAAACUUGUUAAUCGUAGCAAUCAUCGGUAAUCUAGUUGGUUCCUCAAGUCAAGUCCUCUUUGGCGAAGUCAUCUGGUCCCCACUUACAUAUCUCGAUCGAAUUCUUGAACGUACAUACAAUGCACCUACUCGAGCUGGAUGUUUUUUCAUAGCUGCUUGCUUCGCUUAUUCAGCAAUUUUCUCUUCAAUUUUUGAAAACUCAAUUCCAGCAGGAAAUGAUAUUGCCGCUCUUUUCCCAAAAUACAUAUCCAUCCGCACAGGUUUCUUCAUCUGUGCCGUCAUUUCCAUAGUAAUCCAACCAUGGUACCUCCUCAAAUCCGCCGUCAUCUUCAUUUCCUUCCUCGCCUCCUACCAAAUCUUCCUCUCAGCCAUCACCGGUGUCCUCCUCUGUCAUUACUUUAUCAUCGCCCGCGGUUUCCUCAGCAUCCCAGACCUCUACACCUCGGAUAAAAAUGCUGCAUAUCACUAUACCGGUGGUUGGAACUGGCGUGCCUAUGCCGCAUAUGUCAUCGGCAUAAUUCCAAAUUUCUACGGCUUUUUAAAUAAUAUGGGUGUUAAAGCUCCCCUAGGCGUCACAAGAGCUUAUUAUUUCGCAUAUCCUAUUGGGCUUUUUGUGAGUUUUUUGGUUUAUUGGGGUCUUUGUUAUAAAUGGCCGGUACGGAUUCAAUAUCCCUUAGGUGAGUGGAUGGAGGUUAAGGAUUAUGUGAGGGAGGAGGAGAGGGGGGAUGGAGAGGGAAGUGGAAGUGGAUGGGGUAGUAUGGUUAGUAGGGAGGAGAGAGUAAUAGGUGGAGUUGGGGGAGAGAAAGAUGGAGCUUCUUUGAAUGAGGAGAAAAAUGAGUCGGAUGUGGCGGCGAGGGAAAAUCUAGAGGGCAGAGUGAGAUAUCGUCGACAGGAGAUGUCUGGUGGAGAGAAGUAG